AUAUAUAAAUCGUGAAGACUGUGGCGGUCCUUUGACACGGAAAUAUGGAAACUGAGAAACUGUGACUCAUUCCUCUUUGACUCCGACUCCCCAUAGCAUUGUGUUACACUCUCCCUCUUUUCUUUCUUCUAUCAUUCGUCUUUUCAAAACCUUAAACCCAUCCAUGGUUUCUUCCUCCGACCAAACACAACUUUGAGCUAAUUAAGAUAAGACGGAACGAUGCCGCCGAUGAAGUGCUGGGUCACGAGGUUGUCGGGGAAGCCCAACAAACAACAACACGCCGUGAAGCUGACCCAAUUGAAGCUCGAAUUAGGCCUCUUCGGAGCCAGGCUCGGCGCCGCAAACGACAGGAUCGCAUUUGAAAUUACGGGGAUUGCCACCAAGAAAGAAACGACACCUCUCCCACUCGUUCCCUUUUCCAAACGACGAUACACUCACAGUCACACCACAUGCUCCCGCAGAUUCCUCAGUUCCAAAUCACCCUCUCUCGCAUGGGAAGCACGCGACCUAUGCGGUUUUCAUCUCCUCCUCAAAGACCACUCCCUCGAUGUUUGCGACAUCGCAUUUCAUGUCUUAUAUGGAGAGGGAAAUGCGGGAGAAUCGAAAGCGAAAAUGACGGCGGUCGGAAAAGCGGAAAUGAGCGUUGCGGUGGCAGAAUUGGUGGUGAGGAAGGAGAAGAAGACGCAGUUCACUUCUCAUCAUGACUUUCAAAGAAGGCUUCCAAUCAAAUUAAAGGUCAAUGGUUUAUGCAUAGAAGCUACCCUUUUGGUCUCUAUGAGAUUAUUGAAGUUGAGGGAUUCUAAUGGUGACUCAGCAGGACCCUUUGGAAAAAACUGGGUCCAGUCAGAGAAGAAACGAGGGAUUAUAAAGGAAGUGAAGUACUUGGCAAGCUUGGGAAAGAAAAACAAAGGCAAGUUUGAUGAAUCGGAACAAACGAGUCCUCAUGACUCGGAUAGAUCCCCCGUGUUUGACUCGGAUGACUCGUACGAUUCCACCACAAGCAGUGGCAGCAGUAGCAACAGCGGUGGAAUCCCCAACGCACGGUCAACACUCUCAAACGGGUCUGAGAGCUUUACAACCUCGGAGACAGCAAAGACUCGUUUGUCCCACUUGCCACGGAAUAGAAGCCUCAAUACUCAAACCUCCUAUCCUGCUCCUUUCACGUUAUUGCAGAAAUCAGAUAAACUUUCUCCACAAUUAUUAUACCAAAAAGGCAAUUCAAGAAGCUGGGAAUACAAGGACUUUUCAAGUAGAGAUGGGCAAACAAAGCUCAAAACCAAUGUGUUUUUUGCUUCCUUUGACCAAAUGAGUGAACGAGCCUCCGGUGAGAGUGCGUGCACGGUUUUAGUUGCACUCAUAGCGCACUGGCUCCAUACCAACCACGGUAUGCCAACAAGAGCACAAUUUGAGAGACUCAUCACACAAGGUUCAUCUGAAUGGAGAAGGCUAUGCAACAGUGAUGACUACUCAAAGCUCUUCCCAGAUAAGCAUUUCGAUCUAGAGACAGUCAUAGAAGCCAAUCUCAGACCUCUUGUUGUUCUCCCUCAGAAAUCUUACACGGGUUUUUUCUCCCCUGAGAAGUUCCAGUGCUUGAAAGGAGCCAUGUCCUUUGAUGAAAUUUGGAACGAGAUAAAGAGCAAGGUGGGUGAUAAGGAGUCAAGAGUUUACAUAGUGAGUUGGAACGACCAUUUCUUUGUGUUGAAGGUAGAAGCGGAUGCUUACUACAUCAUUGACUCUUUGGGGGAGAGACUUUAUGAGGGGUGUCAACAAGCAUUCAUACUCAAGUUUGAUGAUUCGAGUGUGAUGUAUGGGAAAAUAGACAAAGCGAAAGAGGUCCCAAUUAGUGGUGCAAGCCGUGAGAAAAUUUGCCGUGGAAAAGAGUGUUGUAAAGAGUUCAUCAAACGGUUUCUUGCUGCAAUACCACUUUGGCAACUAGAGAAGGAGGAGAAGGAGGAGAAGAAAUGGAGUGUUUCAAGUCCCUAUCUUCACCGGCAAUUGCAGAUUGAUUUCCAUUAUAGCUCUUCAUCAUCCUCAUCUGCUUCAGCUGAUUCUUUGUGGUCUCUCUUAGAAAGUGGUUCUUUAGAAGCCUAACUACGUAGCCAGUUAGGUAGGCACAUUCAUCAGGGCCUUGUGAGUCGUCACCCAAUGAACAUGUGCAGAAUCUUUGAAAUUUGAACGUGUAUAUGAUCAAUGCUUUAAACCUUGGGGUUAUAUCGCAAUCUUAGGUAGAUAUGCUGGGCCAGAGAAAAAUUGCAUCUCCACAUCAAAUUGGUGCAAGGAAUGUUUUCUGCUGGUUGACCUUGAGCAAUUGUUACCACCAGAAAAUGCUAAUUCACAAGAAAUCCAGUUUUUAGCGGCUGUGCCGCUGUUUGCUGACAACUUCUGACCAUGUGAUCGAUUUUUUUACUGAAAUUGAUGAUCAAGAAUAUUAUAUGAGCAUCAUUAGUUCAUAGAGUAGGCAUCCUUUCGGGAUUGAUCCUUAUUUGGUGAAAAACGAAAGGAGUGUUUGUAGAGAUGCCAUGUACUUGUUCUUGCCCACUAUAUUUCCUUUUUUUUUCAAUCAAUUUUUAAAGGUAAAAAAAUUAGCACCAUUUCACCCCA